AUGGCUGGAUCGUUACCAGAAGGAUCAACUGGGCAUGUGACAGCAGGCAACUGGCUCUAUGGUUCCUCACAUGAGGGUAGUGAUUAUGGCGAAUCUGAGUGGUAUUUUUCUAGAAAGGAGAUCGAAGAAAAUUCUCCUUCCAGGAGAGAUGGCAUUGACUGGAAGAAAGAGACGUAUCUCCGCAAAUCCUAUUGUACAUUUCUACAGGAUUUGGGGAUGAGACUUAAAGUGUAAGUUUUUUUCUUUUCAAUUCUUUCUUAUCUUGCUUCUCGGCCUUUACACAGACCCCUUACAGGUAAGUUUCAUUUGACUUGAUUUUUUCUCUUUAAUCAUCCAUACAGAAUGUGCUGUGCUCUCCUUGUCAAUCCCUAUUCUUGCGUUUCAUGAAAAUCUCUUUCGAUAAACUCAUAGCUGUCUGCCAGAUGUGUGAUCUCAGCUUGCCUGAGGUUGAGGUUUGUAAGUCCUGUGGGUCUGUAAGUUCCAUAUCGUUGGCCUUUUUCCAAAUUCCUUCAUUAUUUGAGUGAGGUGAAAUAUGAACCUUUUAACAAGGGAUCUCCUCCUGUACGUCUCAAUGAAAUCUCCUUCAUAUAUGUGUCACUGAGACCGGCUGAUGUCACACAUUCUUGUAUUUAUAAUAUCUGCGUCAUCUAAAGCUAUGCUUUCCAACAUUAUGGUGAGCAUGUUAUGUUAUUAAUUACUAACUGAUCUUAUCAUAUAGUUUUCCUUGCUUAAUGGCUUCCUCAAACGGCCAGAGCCGGCUUAUUAGAAUGAAAUGUAUGUUCUAAUGUUAGCAUCCGCAAGUUCUGCAGCCAUGCAUGGAUGAAAGAUGGAUUUUAUGUUUUGCUUGAAUGAUAGAUGAUUCUACCCAUUUUCAAAAGUAUUUCAAAUUUCUCUGUACAAUCUGGUGGAAUCACAGUGUAUAUUCUGCAUUAAAUGUGCUGAAAUGAUGUGAUAUCUGCAGAGAGUUUGACAUUCUAUGUACCAUUACUUGCUUGAUCAAGCAGGUAUAUAUUGGUGCAAAGACCUGAUGCCAUUUUUGAUUUGGAAUUCCUCAAAAACAUGUGCGAAUUAAGUUUCCAUAAUCUCUAGAGCUCGCUUGUAUAUUCAGUAAAGUUCAGAAGGAUGGAGGACAGAAAGCAGUGGAUAUAGAUUAUUAACAAUGGAAACCGGGCUCUAUGAUGGGUUUAGGUUCAAAUGACUAUUUACGUUUUCGGUAACUGAUGAAUGCCUAAUUUUCUAGCAUAGUUCUACCUGCUCAGUUGUUUGCACAUUUCUUGUAUUAUAUGGUGGGGUAUUCAUGUUGUUAUUUUUUGAAUAAUAUGCCAUCACGGGAAUGCUUAUCUAUUCGGAAUUUUUUUUAUUUUUAUAAUAUUGUUUCAGUUGCAAUGUGGACAGAAUUUUCUUGGUAUGACUCUUACCUGAAUCUAACAUAAGAUGGUUCUCUAGUCCUCAGGUAACGAUAGCCACGGCAAUUAUAUUUUGUCAUCGGUUUUUCCUACGGCAAUCUCUUGCAAAGAAUGAUAGAAGAGUAAGUGUCGUAUGUGUAAUUAUUCCUAAUUUUUUUUCCGGUCACUAGUUAGCUAUUUUAGGGUUAGUAAUGCUUUCGAUAUUUGUUUCAUGGAUUCCCUAAUUAUACUCUUUUUUUAUUUUGUUUGCACAUUCUUAUUUGUUUGCUGAAUGUUAGCAAUUAGUCUCGAUUCUCUUAAUUGAGUGAUGAAUGAGACUGAAAAAUCAUCCAGGGACAUACGAAGUUCUUAAUAAGAAUAAAUCUUAAGUCUUGGAUUAAUGAAUGAAAAAUGGUGUAUAGACACAUUACUCGAAAAAUGGGGUCGAAUAUGCUCCAAAACCUCGGCGAGUCCUGCUCCAUUGUUAAAGCUAGCUUUAGUGUGCUUACAGUACACAUAAGCGUGUUGGAUAUGACAGUCAAACUAUAAAUAGUUCAAUGACAGCAUAUUCUUAUAAGUUCACAGCAGCCUGUUCCAUCCCAUUUUCACCUUGUUUAGCAAGCUCAUGCAUGAGAUUUGCUGACUUAUCUAAAAUUAAUGUUAGUUAAUGAAUGACCUUAUAAUUACCUUUUUUUUUCGUGGUAGGGAUGACAUUGAAGUGGGCUUUGUUCGUUCAAUGAAUAUCUAGGCUCCAGUGGAAGUUGUGUGCAGCGAUGAUUUGUUAGCCAGUGGAUUUCGAAAAUAGCAUCAAAGGAAUUGUGGUUUCCAUGACCUUGGGGAAAUACUAUAGAGAUCAAGAUAAAUUGUGCAGUUAGGUGUUGCAUAGGCCGUUCAUUUCACACCCCUCUAUAGAAGUACCCUGAAAAAUCUUCGUCAGUGCAGAACUCAAUAUAUUUCAAUUUUGGGAAGGGAAUUCAUUUGUAUUCUAGGAGAUCAACUGGCCUGUGUUCCGCCUUUGGUAUCUAACUGUCUGGAUAAAUUCUGUUGCCUAAUGAUGAUAGGCAGACUAAAUGAUGGGUAAAAGGGCGCCUCACAGAGUGAAGUAGCAUAUUAAAAUUGUGAACAGAUUUUGUUGACCUUUGAACGGAAGAAUGCACCAGUUUAUUCUACUUUUGGUGCUGGUGUGCAUUCAACCCGAGACAGAAAACAUCUUGGAGUUGGAAAACAAAUAGGAUUUUCCUGGUGAAAUCCUUAUUUGUAUUUAUGAUGGAGUUUACAUAGUGUUUUGUGUAACAGAUUGAUGUGGUUGAAACAUAUUUCUGCGAAGUGAAGAUCUUCAGAAAAGACAACGAAUGCUUGACUUAAAGGGAAAAGUGGAGAAUUCCAUAAGUAGGCUCUCAUCUUUGGCGUUUUGGCAGCUUUGCAAGCAGUACCAGUAGGAACUCUGGUCAUUGUGACCCCGUCGUGACCUUCUUUGGCACUUCAGGGGCCUUGUUGGUGACAUUAUUUGAACUUUCUAAAGACUAAUGUGUUCAAUUCCUGAGUCCACUCCUAUUGAUGUUUGACAUCAAUGAUGUAUGUGCCAGUAAAUAAAUUUUGAAGUGCUCGAUAAAUUAGUUGCAACAAAAAAUGUUUCCCAUAAGUAUAAAGAUCACAUAAUACGCGCAAAGUAAAAAAAAAACUAUCGAUAAGUAUUACGGUGAAGAUAGAGAUAAAGUGCUUUGUGCCAUUAGGAGAAGAUAUUAGUGCCACCUUAAAUUACGCUAUCCUGCAGCCUUUUGCUUCCUGAAGAUUUUCGGUUAUGCAUUAAGAGAAAAUCAACAACUUGAACUUCAUUAGAUGAUCAGUUACAUGUAUGAGGUUCAUACUGCAUGACCAUUAAUUUCACGGUUAGCUUUACCAUCCAUUGGAGUUAUUAAUACAUCUAUGUGAUUAAGUGUACAAAGUGUAUUGAUAUUUUCUCUUUGUGAUCCUUGCUGUCGAUUGUGCCUUUACCAGUGUCCGGUAUUGUUCUCUGAGGGAUACGAUGCACUCACCCAUGUAGACUUUGCAGACUAUUGCAACAGUUUGCAUGUUCCUUGCUGGGAAGGUUGAAGAGACGCCUCGCCUGCUCAAGGAUGUUAUUCAUCUUUCAUAUGAGAUAAUAAAUAAGAAGGAUCCUGCAGCUAGCCAGAGGAUUAAGCUGAAGGUAACAGCUCAUGAAUCUAUUUCUAUGGAUUCUCUAUCUUCCAGGAAAGUUUCUCCAAGUGUUCAUUUGUAUGGAUCUCGCUUUUGUCUUCUGUCAAGCAGGAGGUGUAUGAACAGCAAAAGUUGCAUAUUUUGCUCGGGGAAAAAGUGGUGCUGUCUACUCUUGGUUUUGACCUAAAUCUGCUCCACCCGUAUAAACCCCUGGUUGAAGCGAUAAAGAGAUUCAAGGUUGCACAGAAUGCCCUUGCUCAGGUUGCAUGGAACUUUGUGAAUGAUGGGUGCGUCUAUGCUCCGGUUUGAUGCCAUUAUGCCAAUUAGAUAAAUGGAUUCUCCUUUGCAGUAAUUUUUUACAUCUCUAGAUGGGCUCUGCAGGCUACGGACUUCUCUCUGCCUGCAGUAUGAGCCCCAUCAUAUUGCGGCGGGUGCCAUCUUUCUUGCCGCCAAGUUUCUUAAAGUGAAGCUGCCAUCAGAUGGUGACAGGGUCUGGUGGCAGGAGUUCGAUGUCUCCCCACGGCAGCUGGAAGGUUCUCAUGUUUGUCGUUUUUCCGCUGUUGGAUGUCUUGGCGGGUGCCUAAUUUUUCUAUUGAUACCAUUCCCUAUUUUUCCUGCAGAUGUUAGUAACCAAAUGCUGGAAUUGUAUGAACAGAACCAUUCUGUUCAGGCUCCCAGUGGGUGUGAACUCGAUGGUAGUACCAGCAAUACUACUGCUCAUCGCUCUGUGAAAACAGCUGUCAGUGGGCUGGUAUCAGCGAUCGUUCUUUCCCAGGGUGGGGGGUUGUCCAAUGUAAAGCACGGAGCUUCAUUACCAUCAUCUGCGAGAUCCUUAGCCAAUCAACUUUGCUCUGAGAAUCAGAGUACGGCUCACCUAAGUAACGAAGUCGGAAAUUCUGAAAGCACGAUUGGUGAUAGGGGCUGUGGCAUGAAUGAAGAGGGCAAAAAAUCUGAGCUGCUCCCAUGUGGGAGCGAAAAGCUCGUAGAAGCUUCGAGCAUGUCUAAGUUUCGGCAGGUGAAGCAUCCUUUGGAAGUAGGGGUGGAAGGUGACCAGGGUGCAGCUGCAGCUGCAGAAUGCGGGGGGUCGAAAGAUGGAAGGUCAUCAUCAUUCAAAUCCAGUGGGGAGGCUAGUCAAAGCUCCAAAGAAGGUGAAGCUCCGAAGCUCCGCUGCCUACCUGACGUCAUGAAAAGGAUCGAUAAGGACAAGGUAAAGGCUGCCCUGGAGAAAAGAAAGAGGUCCCGUGGUGACAGAGCUAAGAACACGGAGUCGGUCGAUGAAGAUGAUCUGAUAGAAAGAGAACUCGAAAGCGGUGUUGAGCUGGGAGCUGAGGACGAGAGAAGAGGUCGGUCCAAUGGCUCUUCGUAUGAACCUGAGGGAGCUGAGGAUCGCGGCCACGGAGAGAAGGAUAACGCAAACAAAGCGAACCAUGCAUCUUUCGACGAAGGAGAUGGACGAGGUAGGGUGAGUGACCCCGAAAAUGGGCUCAUCCGGAGACCGCGGGAGACCGCGGGAGAAACGCCAUCUAUCGACCGGGAAGCUUCCUAUCCUCAUAAGUUCGACAGUUGCAGGGACAAAUCCGUGAGCACCGUCGGUGGACAGCUGGAUGACAAAGUGCAGCGUCCUGCGAAGAGCGGGUGGCCCGAUUACAUGGAGAGAGAUGCCAAGAGGCAUCGACAGGAGGCUCACAUCUGA